CGUGCGCGUGAAGUGCGUGUCACUCUGGUAACGCGCACCUGCUAGAUCAACGCACACGGCGUGUCACUCUGACAGCUGCUACAACAAAACCAUAAAACUACUUUGAUCGAAUUCGCCGACUUCACCCGAGGUUUACAUCUGAUCUGAGUGCAAAAGCCGGGGAUCAUGUCCACUACAGAGGUGCAAAAAACUGCUGAUGAGAGUGUUGAUGACGAGACGGACUGGCUUUAUGGGGAAGAUAAUAUUGCUGAUGAAGAGACUACAGAAAAAGAAAUCUUCAGUGCUCUCAUUGGUGAUGUUGAUGGUGUGAAUGAACUAAAUUACCAGGAGAGUGAAUCAGAUAGUGAUGAUGAUGUGUGUGUGACCAUCGGGGACAUUAAAACAGGCGGAUCCCAGAGCUUAUCAUUAGGGUCCAGUUCAAUAAGUCUAAACAUAAAAUCCUUGGGAUCAGGCUGUAAGUCCAGAGUACUGGAAGUGGAUGCUGAAGGCAAUGUCCUGGAGACAGAUGGGGAGCCUUUUGAAGAGAAGCCAUGGAGGAAGCCAGGUGCAGAUCUUUCAGAUUAUUUUAACUACGGUUUUAAUGAGGACACCUGGAAGACGUACUGUGACAAACACAGACGACUGCGCAUGAGCCUGGAGAUCUUAAGCUUGAGCUCAUCUGACAAAAUAACGGUACAUCCAAGUUCCAGUGAUCUGUCCGAAUAUGCAUCCAUCUUAACCAGGAAGUCAAGCGGUUCCAUCAAUGUUAUCGGAGGACAAACUGGGACCAUCAGUCGAGUGGAAGGCCGAAGACGUCACGGCGCAGAUGAAAAUAACAUCCAGGUUGUGUCUGAGCAUUCCUCGGAUACAGAGCUACCUUCCCCAAAGCUGCUGCCAUUCUUUCCUCCAAAUAUCCCACCUCCACCAUUUCCUCCUCCCUCCAUCAGCACCACACCCCCCCUCAUACCCCCACCACCGCCCGGUUAUCCUUUACCUCCUGGCGCCUCUUUGUCUAUGAUAAGUGGACAUUUGGGUGGAGGACGCUCAGUUCCCCCGUUCAGUGAUGGACGUUCUAUUUCACCAUACCCCUUUCCUCCAGGUGUGUACCCAACUGCACCAAGCAUGGCUUCUUGGCCCCGUGUUUUAAACAGUGGUAAACCAUGGGACUAUUACGGCCAUCAAAAAGAAAGGGAAAGAGAGAAAGGCCAUAAAAAAGAGCGCGAGAGAGAGCGAUACCGAGAAGGAGAUCAGAGUCCCUCCUCACAGGACCACAGAAGUGAAGAGGAGCGCCCGUCUCGACACAGAGAUCACACUCAUUACAGGAGAGAGAGGUAUCGGGAAAGCUCAGCAAGAGAAGGAGAGAGUGACAGACGUAGAGAGAAAAGACAAAGAGAGAGGAGUGAGCCUCACCGAUCCUCUCGCAGUGGCAGCAGUAGGAGGCAUCAUUAUAGUGAUGACGCAGAUAGCCACAGGAGGCACAGGCACAAGCGCUCCAGACAUAAGCGAGAGAGCGGGGAACCCAGCGAGGAGUGCAGUGUGGAUCAGGAUAACCAGUCAGAGGUCCCUGAAUAAAUCCUUGACCAGUUGGUGAACCUGUUUGAUGACCAAUAGGAGGUAAAAGAUCACCAGUCAGAGCGACCAACUGCGGAGUGACCAACUGGUAAUCGUUUUUGACCAACCAAUGCCAAACACCAGCCAAUUUAUGUUACAUUUUUAGAUUUAGUUUUCUAAAAAUUUCUUUAUGAAAAGUAAAGAAUGGCCCAAGGGGCGCAUCAUUUUUAAUUUAUGAAAAUUAUUAUAUUUAAUUUAAAUAUUAUUAAUUUAUUCAUUUAAAAUAGCUGGAUAAUAUGGAAUGGUAUUUUUGUUGUGUCAAGUGUUAAUUGUUAAAUCAAAAUAUUAUAAACAUGAUAUGGUGAAUGUGUGUGAUUCAUUG